AUGAAUGAUUUGAUGACAAAUUCUUUCUUAAAUUAUGUGGAUUUGAAGAAGCAAAUUGAGUUAGACCAUGAAACAGAGCUUUCAGAGGCAGAAACAUGGCAACAAUUAAACCCCAUUGAUCAAGAUAAUCUGAGUAAUUUCUUCAAAGAAAUUGAGUCAAUUAAAUCUCAAAUGGAAGAAGUAAGUAAUCUUCUUCAUGAUCUUCAGUCUCUCCAUCAAGAAUCAAAAACCACACACAGCACAAAACUUCUCCGAGGUUUUCGAGAUCGAAUGGAUUCCGAUACCAUUGCCAUUCUCCGAAAGGUGAAGUCUCUCAAGUCUCGUCUCGAAUCCCUCGACAAAUCGAACAUCAAAAAUCGAAGGUUAUCGAAUUCGUUUCGUGAAGGGAGCACUGUGGAUAGAACUAGGGUGGCAGUUACUAAUGGGUUAAGGAUUAAAUUCAAGGAUAUGAUAAGUGAUUUUACAGGGUUAAGAGAAAAAAUUAUGGUUGAUCAUAAGGAUGAGUUAAGAAGGAAGUUCUUCAAUGCCACAGGAGAAGUACCUAGUGAAGAAAUUGUGGAUAAACUCUUGUCAGGAAGUGUGAAAAUCGAGGUUUUCGAGGGGAGAAUCGGAGGCGCUGAUAUGGAGGAGAAAGAGAGGUAUGAAGUUGUAAAGGAUAUACAGAGGAGUUUGAAUAAGUUGCAUCAAGUUUUUCUUGAUAUGGCAGUUUUGAUUGAACAACAAGGGGAACAAAUUAAUGAUAUUGAACAAAAUGUGGUGAAUGCAGGGGAAUUUAUUACUGGAGGGACUAAUAAUCUUUAUUAUGCUAAGCAGAUGAAGAAGAGAAAUAGAGCAUGGUUUUUUGGGAUUUGGGGUUUGGCAAUCAUUAUCUUGCUGGUGUGUCUAAUCUGUAUACUUGCACUCAAAUGAGACAGUAAGCAGGAGAAUUUGUGUUUUAGUUUCAUUGGGAUUUUGAUUGCUUAUGAAUGUGCAUUUUUUAGGGGAUUUCUGAGCUUUUUCUGAGCUCAUUUAGUUGGAUGCUAAUUUGUCAAUUCUUUUGGCUUGUUAUGGGUGUAAAGAAGCUCAUUUGAGGUCAAAAAGA